AUGGGACCAACUGUUGUGUACUUAGUCAAAAGGCAUAUCAGCAUUUUCUAUCUCAUGGGUAAAGUUUGCCCUUCCCCGAAAAGGGAUGGAGCUUUAACAUUUCACUUUGAGUGGGAUUUAAAAGAGGAACAUCGGGCAUUGAAGGAAAAUCAAAAAAUAUGUCAGAGUAAAGCACAGAAAUAUUUGAUAGAGACAAACAGACGAAUAAGAGCCUUUGAAGAAAAACAGAAGCAAGAAGAAGAAAAAACCCAAAGAUUUAGAGAACAAGUUCUGCAGCAGAGGAAAAAUAAACUUCAGAAAGUGACUGAUAAGUUCCAGCGUGCUCAUCUGCCUUUUUCUCAGCACAAGCAAAUGGUCCAGACAAAAGCAGCUUUUCAGUUAGAAGAAGCUCUUGAACAAAUUAAAGGAUCAUUAUUAACACAAGGACUGUGCUUCCCCAGCAGGAACAAAACCAACUUCAGAACCACAGAUGACACUUCAUCCUCAUCAGCAUCUAGAAACAGUUGUUUCGAUGAGAAGCCGAUUUCAGCAAUGGUUGGCUGGCACAGAACAAUACAAGAGAGCAGUAGAACAAACGUGGAUAGUAACCGACUCUUCUUCCAGGAAAAGCUGGAAGAAAUGCGACAGCUCCUUGAAAAACAACACCUCAGCAACUUGGAGAAUUUUCAUCGAGAAGUCAAGAAAACAGAUGAUUCAGAAAGUCUGUCAAGCCUUGACAGUCUUGAGGCUGGAGAGCAACAUGGAAAUUACACAACACGGAGUGAAUCAUCUUUGACUACACAGUGUGACUGUGCCCUGUAUAGUCCAGAAAAAUCACAGACUAGGAAUAAUGGUUUGCUUUAUACAGCUCAAAGUACUUCUAAAAAUAUGCAUCUAAAUAAUUGUCUGAGAAAUGCAGAUUCACAAUACUAUCACAACUCACCUAUUCAUGAUCUUUUAGCUAAACAUAAUGUUCUAACUCCUGCUAAACACGUAAACAAUUCAGAAGAGGAAACAUCUGCUUCUCAAAAAUCUGCAAAAAAACCUGCAGUGUUCUCUGCCUCUGGUAAGGAAGAAAGGUCUGUAAGUAAUGCAUUUACUUUUCCACAAAAUACAAAAGAAGGAAGAAGCAAGCCACCUUCUGGAAUGGCUACCCCAUUAGCUACUGCUCAUCCUGGUUUCAAUGAUAGCAAAGCUUGGGCCAGCCCUAAUUCUGCUCCAGGAGAAAGAAUUCAGGAUCUGAUGCAAGAUGAGAGUUUUAAAAUGACCCCACAAAAAGAAGUUAUAUCUGCUCAAACCUCCAGUCAACCUAUUGCAACAUCUAUAAACUUAUUUCCUAAUCAGGGAUGUUCCACUGGCAUUCCCAGCACAGCUGAUACAUUACCAAAGGACAAAAACAUUAGUACAGGGAUUUUUAAAAAUAACUCAGGAAAAAUGACUGCAACAAAAGAAGAAAAUAUUAAAUGUAUUUAUGACAUUAAUCCAGGAUCAUCUUUAUUUCAGGACAUACCAAAUGCCUCAGUUCUGUGCGAUGUUAAGCAACAGAAUAAUGAAAGGGGAAAAAAAGGAAAUAUGGUUGAAACUAUGUCACUGGUGUCUGAUACAGAGUUCAACUCUGGCACUCCUGCACAGUACAGCCCCCUGAAAAACAAUAAUCUUGAAAGAAAAAGAGUGAAGUUAUUCAGAAGUAUCUUAAAGAAGGACUCUAAAUAUGGACCCAGUCAUUUCAAAGCUGUGGUUAUGAACCACAGGAUCAGUGUUGGAACUCAACCCAUGUCAUCUAUCAGGGACAGUUUAGAACUGGCAAAAAUAAGGAAGAAAAGUGCAGAAAAAUGCAACAGAAAGCUAAAAUGGUGUGAUCAAAGUAACCAGAUAAUAGAAAAUAAUGUAACAUGCUGUGAAAAAAACACCAGUGAAAUAUCUUCUGCGCUGCUGCAUUAUGUUCAAACUACAAAUAAUGCUCCUAAGACUAAUUUAAGUAUUGUUGCUCAACCUUCAAGCCCCAUGUUCAUAAAAAAUCAUCAGGAAAGCACUCAUAUAUCAAAACUAAAUGUUAAUACUGAAGAGUCAAAAAAAGACUACACGUCUCAGAAUAUAUUUAUGUCUACCGGAUCCCUUUCUGCUAGAAAAGCUUGGAUGGUAUCAGAAGGUGAAGAAAAUAAACGCUCAGUAUGUGGUAAUAAUUCUAAAAUUAAUGAAGGCGAUCAAAUAAAAAAUAAGGCAAAGAUAACUAGAAAAACAGUAACUAUAGAAGUCCAGUCAAGAUUUAUGCCCAGGAAGAGAACAGGCACUAUAAUCCAACUGCAGUCAGCUGCUGAAGCCAACAAAACUCAAAAAGCUCCAGGGAAAUUGCUAGCACCUCACCCACCAUCCACACCUCUGCCAGGAAGCAGAAGUGGCAAAAACGCAGCCAGCCCUGGGUGUCAGCCACUGCCACCUUCAAGUCUUCAAGCUACCACUACAAGCAGGAAUGAUCUAAAUGAAAGGCAUGUUGUGUUAGCAGAUGGGGUUUUAAAUAGAAAUGGUACAGAAAACAGUGUGAGUAUUACUUGUCGUUCUGACUUGGCCACUGCCAUAGCUACACCUGGCUGCAGCACAGUCAACUACGAACCUUGGGCAGAAAAUACUUGUUCCGUAAAUAGUGUUCAGACAAGCGCCUGUCAAGGUCACUCAGUAACCUGCUCUGAAAGAAGACCUGUUAAUGCAGAAAAUGGAUUACAACUCCAUCAUAUCCCAGCAGCUGGAAAAACAAGUACCUCCUGGCAAGGAGCACGUACUGCCCGAGCUCCAAAAGACUCCGCUACUGGUAAGAGUCAUCCCCAUGUAUCACAUUACAAUAAUUCACAUAUAACUAAACAGCUACCUUUUAAAGCUAAUGUGUUCCAUCUUACUACUGAUGGCAACAGACAGAUGACUAGUUUCAAAUCUGCUUCUAGGAUCAAUUCAUUGUUUUCUGUUUCUGCAAAUGGUUUUGUUCCUGUUACAAGGCAAAAGCAGGUUUUUGACAUCCACGAAAAUAAACACAGAGCUUUUUCAGAACGCAGAAGACAAAGUGUAGCCUCUAAAAGAUGGAAGCCUACUCAUAAUGCACAGAAGUCAUUAUGUGCUGUCCAACUGAGUCCUGUUCGAUCUGCAUUUGAUCCUGUACAAAAUAUGAAUAACACCUGUAAGUCUGAUGAAGUUUCAGAAAGCACUGUUCAGUUCGUUAUCGCAGAAAAACUAGCAAGUACAUCCACGGCAGAGGAUGAGAUCCUUGCAGCUAUGGCAAGUGUCCAACCAGCCAGACAGCCCUUACUGCUUAGCAGGGCUCCAUGUCCACGCAUGAGCACCCUUUCAGUAGAAGAACAGAACAUUUUCAAGUCUCUUGAUCAUCUCAAUCAAAGGCUACAAAAUGUUCAAGAAGCCAUUGCCAGAAACCCAUCUGCUUCAAAUGUUUUGCAGAUAAUCACCCCUUUAAUCUUGUCAGUUUGA